AUGAAAGUCCUCAUCCUUGCCUGCCUGGCAGCCCUUGCCCUUGCACGGGAGACUGUAGAAAGCCUUUCAAACACAGAGAUAAGACAAUGUUCUUUCUGAGGCAAUUCCCAGGAUGAACACCAGGAGAAAAUCCAGUCCCUUGUCCAGCCACAGCCUUUUGUCUAUCCUUUUGGUGAGCCCAUCCUUCACACUGUCCUUCCACAAAACAUCCUGCCUCUUGCUGAGCCUGCUAUGGUGCUGCCUGUCCUUCAGCCCCAAGUGAUUCAAGGCCCCAAUACUAAGGCAACCAUCUUUCCUAAGUGCCAUGUGAUGCCGUUUUCUAAAUCUCUAGGAGUUCCCAUUUUUCUAUGCCAAAUCCCAAAUCUCACUGGUCUCAAAUACCCACAGCUUCCUCUGCCUCUGCUUCAGCCCUUGAUGCACCAGGUCCCUCAGCCUCUUAUUCACACUCCCAUGCUUCCUACUCAGCCCCUGUUUUCCCUUCCUCAGCCCAAAGCUCUGCCUCUUUCCCAGCAGGUGAUCACCUACCCCCAGAGAGAUAUGCCCAUCCAAGCCCUUCUGCUUUACCAAGAGCCUCUGCUUGACUCUACCUGGGGGUCCUUCCCUGUGACUCAACCUAUUGCCACAGUUUACAGCUUGCAACAAGUAAGCCCUAAUUUACCAACUCUGCUGUCUUAUCCAUGGUGUUUGCAUGAUAUUAGAAGGAAUGAGAAAUACAGAAUAAAUGAAUGA